AUGACCAAAACCAUUCCUACAUACGAAAAGCCUACCUAUGAAGUGUUAACGGAAUUGUAUUCCCGGUUGUCCGAGCUCAAAAACAACAGAAACAAAUAUAUCAGUUCCAAGCAAGUGUACGCCAUCUAUGAUGAAUUUUUGAAGGAAAUUCACGAGUUAUCUAUAGUUCGGAAAGAUGAGGAAUUAAAAGGCAUGUCUUUGAACUUGCCGACACCGACAGACUUGCUCAUUGAUGACGUUUGGCAGUUGCUUUCGCUCUCAUUUGUCACCUGUGGACUUAUCAAGUUUGCGCCCGCCACUUAUUCGUCGCUUUCCACGGUAUUUAAGUUGUUGACCCACUUGAAGGAGUGCCAGGUGUAUAGCGUGGACGAUUUGAAGCCUAUUCACGACAGAUUGAGUGAAAUUAAGGAGAUUAUUGAGAAAUCCGAGGAAGUGGAUGAAGAUGAAGACAAUGGCGACGAGGAUGCCGUUAACCACAAAAAGGAGGAAAGUUUGUUGUUGAGAAACAAGUUGAAUAAGUGUCAAAAGGUCUAUGAUGAGUUGCAGAAAACUUUCGAUGAGAUUCCUGACGAUUUGGAGCCCAUUUAUGCUGAGCUCAUUCUGUUGAGAAAACAGCUCCUUAACUUGUUAACAAGGGAAGCAUCGGAGCUGGCUACGGCCAAGGCGAAGAUGGCAGCUAUUGCUAAGCAACUUGCGGGUAAAUUGAAGAAAAUUGAGCAACAAAGAGACGAAAAUGGAAAGUUCAAGUCUGACUCUGCCACCGAGGCUCAGUUGGUUUCUGCGCAGAUGGGACUCAAUGGAUUACUCGAUGACUGUAACAAUUUACUCAAUGAUUUGAAUAUCCAGCGUGACACCACGGGAAUUAGCGGGAAACUUGAGCAACUUUCGCUCGCCGAGGAGAAUUCCGAGGCCAGUACAAUAUUUGAGGGGUUCAAAUCACUCUACCUGGAAUUGGCUUCAUUGAAACAGAAAUUAGAGAACUUGCUCAUCACGAGACGGUGGACCAUGAGGGAAACAGACUUGUACAAUUUCCAGAAGCUGUUGAAACGUAUCGACGACAAAAGACUCGAGCUUAACAAGCAGAUCUCCGCCAACUGUCAGGGCCAGGCGCUCCGCAUGAUAAAGAGGGCACAAUUGCUUGUUUUGUAUCUUUUGAGACGGUGCUACUCCUUGAUCUACAAGCUUUUGGAGAGCUCGGAACCGGUGUCUGAGUCGCUCCAGCCCAUCCACAAUCAAUUGUCGACUGUGAGACGGUGUUUAUUGGAGAUCAAACGUAUUGAUGGUUUGAACAACCUCCGCGAGUUGUAUCCGUUUCAAUUUAAGUUGGCCUCGUUGGAUAACCUAAGGCACGACGGAAAAUUCAUUGUCAACAAUCAGGUACCUGAGGGCCAGGGCACAUUAAAUGCGCUUUUGGCUGAGUGCUUUGACAUUAUCCAUGAGUUAAAGAUUGAGUUGGAGGAGAAAGAGGAAAAUGGCGCCGGAAGUGACUCUUCGUGCGACGAACGUCAUGAUGGAAACAUCACCGACGAAGAAGACAAGGAGUCGGACGACGAGGUGGAAAUGAAGCGUAAACGGUACAUGGGAUUCAAUGAGGCUGACUACGACAUGGCCAGUGAGAGCGAGGGCGAGUACCUGAGUCUUUCUGAUUCUGAAUUCGAAAGCAACGAUUACUAUUAG